AUGAUUUUUGCAACAGAAGAAAUAAACAACAAUCCAGAUUUACUUCCUAAUGUUUCCCUUGGCUAUAAGAUAUAUGAUGAUUGUCGAUCAAUGUCUUUGGCUAUAAGAAGAGCCAUGUCCCUAUUAAAUGGACAGGAGGAGAGUAAUUCUUCUUUCUCUAGUAACUCAUGUGAAAAACCAUCAAGUGUUAAUGCUAUUAUUGGACUUUCUGAUUCUUCUGCCACUAAAGGAGUUGCAUCAUCUGUUGGACCUUUCCAUAUUCCAGUGAUAAGCUACUAUGCCACAUGUGCUUGUCUCAGCGACAAGAAAGAAUUUCCAACAUUUUUCAGAACAAUACCAAGUGAUUAUUAUCAAAGUAAAGCUCUGGCACAGAUAGUAAAGUAUUUUGGGUGGACUUGGAUUGGAGCAAUCAGAACGGAUCGUGACUAUGGGAAUAUUGGAAUGGCAACCUUCCUAGAUAUUGUUCAACAGGAAGGUGUUUGCGUUGAGUAUUCUGAAGCUAUUGUGAGAGCAACUCCGAGAGAGAAAAUUCUAAAAAUUGUUGAUGUCAUUAAAAGGUCAACUUCAAAGGUUGUGGUUGUUUUUGCUUCUUAUGUAGAUUUGGAGUUUCUCAUUCAAGAACUCUUGACGCAGAAAGUGUUCGGCUUGCAGUGGGUGGGAAGUGAAGGCUGGAUCUCUAAUGAGUACCUUGCAAUACCUGAAAACUACAAAGUUCUUGGGGGAGCAAUUGGAUGUGUAAUUAACAAUGAUAUAAUACCAGGUUUGCAAGAGUUUUUCCAGAAUAUUAGUCCUUCUGACAUUCCCGAUGACAGUAAUUACAAUCAGACUGCAAGAGCUGCUACAGGCUUAAAGGAUUUAAGACAAUUAAACAUCCAGUAUGCUGAUGUGCCAGAGUUGAGAAUUACCAGCAAUGUUUAUAAAGCUAUGUAUGCAAUUGCCCAUUCACUGCACAAAAUCUAUGAGUGUCAAGAGGGUCAAGGGCCUUUUGAAAAUAAGACAUGUGCAAAUAAAACCAAAAUUGAACCAUGGCAGCUGAUUCAAUACAUGAAGAAUGUAAAUUUCACAACAAAAUAUGGAGAAAAAGUAUAUUUUGAUGAAAAUGGGGACCCGAUUGCAAGAUAUGACUUAGUGAACUGGCAGCUUAGUAAAGAAGGCACCAUACAGUUUGUUACAGUGGGGUUAUAUGAUGCAUCUUUACCUUACGGGCAACAGUUCAUUAUGAAUAAUGUCAGUAUUGUGUGGGCGGGAGAUCAGAAUAAGGUCCUAAAAUCAGUGUGCAGUGAGAGUUGCCAUCCAGGCACUCGGAAAGCUAUUCAGAAAGGCAAACCGGUCUGCUGUUUUGACUGCCUGCCAUGUGCUGAAGGAGAGAUAAGCAAUGCGACAGAUUCAGUUGACUGUAUAAAAUGCAAUUUGGAAUACAAAGCCAAUGAAAAAAGAGACAAGUGUAUUCUAAAAGAAACUGAAUUUUUGUCGUUUGGAGAAAUUAUGGGAAUUCUGCUAGUGAUAUUUUCUUUGCUAGGAACAUGCAUGACAAUUGCUGUGGCUUUGGUUUUCUUUUUGUACAGAGAUACACCUAUUGUCAGAGCCAACAACUCAGAGCUAAGUUUUCUUCUGCUCCUUUCUCUAGCGUUGUGCUUCCUAUGUUCUCUAACAUUUAUUGGACAACCAUCUGAUUGGUCCUGUAUGUUACGUCACACAGCAUUUGGGAUCACAUUUGUUAUGUGCAUUUCUUGUGUUCUAGGGAAAACAAUUGUUGUACUGAUGGCCUUUAGGGCAACACUUCCAGGAAAUAAUAUUAUGAAGUGGUUUGGACCAGCACAACAGAGAUUAAGUGUCUUUAGUCUAUCCUUCAUCCAAAUCCUGAUCUGUGCACUAUGGCUUAUAGUGUCACCCCCUUUUCCUAACAGGAACAUGAAACAUUACAAAGACAGAAUUAUAUUGGAAUGUGACCUAGGAUCUGUAGCUGUAUUUUAUGCUGUUUUAGGGUACAUAGGACUUCUGUCUUCUAUGUGUUUUCUACUCUCCUUUUUGGCUCGAAAAUUACCAGACAACUUCAAUGAAGCCAAGUAUAUUACAUUUAGCAUGUUAAUUUUUUGUGCUGUUUGGGUCACUUUUAUUCCUGCUUAUAUAAGCUCUCCUGGAAAGUACACAGUUGCAGUGGAAAUUUUUGCAAUUUUAGCCUCUAGCUUUGGUUUGCUUUUUUGCAUUUUUUUCCCAAAGUGCCAUAUCAUAUUACUUAAGCCAGAGAACAACACAAAAAAACAUCUGAUGGGGAAAAUGGUAUCUUAAUUUGUUUUAAAAAGCAAGUACUGUAUAUGCUGUGA